AUGUCUGUGGCAGAUAGCAAGUUCUAUGACUUGCUUGGUGUAGCAAGUAAUGCAUCAGAGUCAGAAAUUAAGAAAGCAUACAGAAAGUUGGCGAUAAAGUAUCAUCCAGAUAAGAACCCAGACCCUGCGGCAGGUGAGAAAUUCAAAGAGAUAACAGUUGCCUAUGAGGUGCUGUCCGACAAGGAGAAGAGGGAGAUCUAUGACAAGUUUGGUGAGGAAGGCCUCAAAGAAGGUGGUGCUGGUGGUUUCGGCGCAGGCAUCUUUGACUUCUUUGGCUUUGGAGGAGGACAAAGACGUCGUGGUCCCAAGAAAGGUGAAACAAUUCAACAUGCUCUCAAGGUCAGUCUGGAGGACUUGUAUAAAGGAAAGGUAUCGAAACUCUCCCUAAAGAAGAGUGCUAAAUGUCCCGAAUGCGAUGGCAAGGGAGCAAAGUCAGCAAACGCAAUCAAGAAGUGUGAUGAUUGUGGAGGACAGGGAGCAAAGACUCAGCUCAGACAGAUUGGACCAGGAAUGGUACAACAGGUCAGAGUACCUUGCCAGACUUGCAAAGGUGAGGGACAAGUCAUCAGUGAGAAGGACAAGUGUACAAAGUGCAAGGGCAACAGAAGCAUACCUGAGGAAAAGGUAUUAAAGGUCAACAUUGACAGAGGAAUGAGACAUAUGCAAAAGAUAGUCUUCCAGGACGAGGGCGACUUUGAGUCACCCGAUGUUAUCCCAGGUGAUGUUGUGGUGAUCUUGCAACAGAAGGAGCAUCCAGUGUUCACAAGAGAUGGAGAUGAUCUGAUCAUGGAGCAACACAUCACUCUUUUGGAGGCACUGACAGGAUUCACUUUCUACAUCAAGCAUCUGGACGAUCGUGUUCUCACCGUAACCAAUCCACCAUCAAAGGUGAUCAAACCCAACGAUAUCAAGUGUAUUCACAAUGAAGGAAUGCCCAAACCAAAGACUAUGGACAAAGGAAGACUCAUUGUCAAGUUCAUCGUUGACUUUCCAAGUGAUGGCCAGAUCACACCAGAGAGUGCCAAACUACUGGAAAAGGUAUUGCCAAAGCCCAAGCCAGUCACCAAACCAACCAGCCACGAUGGAAUUGAUGAGGAUGUUACACUCUCUGAUUUCGACCUAAACUCCAGAGAUAAGCGUGGCGGUGGACGAGGUGAGUCAUAUGAUGACGAUGAUGAGGAUGGUCAUCCACAGGGUGUAUCUUGCCAACAACAAUAA